AGCUACAGGGGGUUGUUGUUAUGGAGGACAGUGGGAGAGGAGGAGGAGCUCAUAAAAUUGUGCUGACCGGGAGCACCGAGUGCCCAGAAGUGUAUGUUUCUGGCCCAGCCACGGCUCCAGCUGGUGUUGGCCCGCAGCGGCGGCGUAGCAGGAAUAGAUCCCUCUGCAGUAACGAGCAGCACCAUCAUUUACAUGCUGAAACAUCUUGUGGGGGAGAAGAUGAGCGUCCCACAACUCAUAUGCAUCAGAACCUUCUGGAAGAGGCGAGUUCGUACCAUGAUCAUAGUGGAAACAAUCCAUUAGAUCAACAGCCAGAUUUUCCUGCAGCAACCACUGGUAGAGGUGCAUUGGAACCAGAUGAAAAUAAUAGAGUGAUCGAUAUGAAUUCAGAGUUGGUACGGUGAACUUUGAAAUAUAUAAGUAACCUAGGCCUUUAUAUUCUCUUUUAUGAUAAUUUCAGCAAUAUGAUUAUACUAACAUCUUGUGGUGUAUAAGUUAGCUUUUGGCAUUCUAAUUUUUGCAUGGCACUGUUCUUACUAUUGAAUUUGGCAUGUUAUUUGAUAACAAGCUCCAGAUUGAGGUUUUCAGUCAGUUCUUCCUCUCAUCCAGCUAGUGCAUAAUAUGCACUAAAAAAAAAA